ACGAGUGAAAGGGCGCUCAUAGGGAAUGGAUAAGACGAGAGGAAAAACUGAACAAAAGUGGUUGGUUCGUUAUCAGUUAAGAGCAAAAUUUUUCUAACGUUUUAUUAAGCCAUGGGAGGACUAAUAAGUCUUAUCCGAGACAUAAAAACCGUCUACAAGGAUCUCAAGGUAACUUUAAAGCUCACCGCUAGAAUUGUGCUGAAAGUUCAUAGUAUUGUGGAAGAUGUGGAGCAGACAGUGCAAGAACUAAAAGCAACCGUGAAAAAAUUGACAUCUAGGGUCCAGCCUCAAGAUGGAAUGAGUGAGAUACCGAUUGAAGCGUUGGUGGAAAACGUCGAAUCGAAGGCAAUUUCUCUAAAAACCUCCCUUAUUAAUGCCACCAGUCAAGUGUUUAAUGAUGAUCUCCUUAGAAAGACUCAAGAGAAAUGGGAUAUGGUUAUGCAGUAUUCAAGGGAAAGUAGCGAAGCUUUGGCAAACAUUGUUGCGAGUUCUUCAUUGAAUGUUAAAGGAAAGAGACACAGCGCUGCCGAAAAGGUAAACAGUUCAGAACAAUCCAUCUUCCUCUCGGAGCUCGCAAAGAAUGACUCACAAAGCGAGCAGGAGGGUACUUCUGACGCUGAUCGAGCAGUAGUCCCCGUUUUCUGUGAAGAAUUACACUACAGUCUUGACGAGGAAGAGAUUCGGGAUUUCGAGAUUUUACCACUCGAUGUGAUGGACAGCUUUUGGAAAUGUGACAUUGGAUGCAUCAACAUUGACUGUGUUGAUUUUCACCAGUUAGCAACUAGCCAACAGGCUUCCACCUCGCUAUCACGGAAAAAGAACUCUAAAAACCGAAGCAAGAACCGAGCAAAAUAUGUCAAAGGGUCUGCCUCUGGUUUUGGUUCAUCAGGUAAGAUAUCAUCAAGAGAAAACAACCAGACACCUGCAAGGUAUAACCCGCGCAAAGGUUCCAAGCAACGGAGGGAAACGGUCGCAUUAGAGCUAAUUUUUUUAGCCGCUAUUUUAGUGGAAGGCUUAGCGAUGUCAGAUAGCAAUGUUCCGGUUGGUGAAAAUAUGUGGGGCAACCGUAUUCGAAGUAACUGGAGUCACUCGGGCGAAAUUAUCGAACUGGAUGACUAGCUGAAAGUUUAACAUGCGAUAACAGGUACUUGUAAAGAAAACGGCAGGUGUCAGUCACCUGUACGGACAGGUAGUCAAAAACCGAAAAUUCCAUCAAACGUUAAUCACCAAGAAGAAAAUAUUCCAGUUUUCAACUGAGAAUUGGAAAGUAAUCAUAAAUCGUAAUUUUAUCCCGUCAUUGCUCUCUUUUCUUGACGUAAGAUAGGAACCAAACAAUCAGAAACAGUUCACAGCUAAGUCUAUUUGCGACUUUCUCCCGCGAUUAAGAUUUGCAUAAUUUAUUUCCGUUUUGUUGUAAAUAGCUCCUUUGACUGGUCCGUUGACUGAUCGAAAGUUGUGCCUGACAACUUUCGCCGAUGUUUCACCUAACUCCUCUGGUAAACUCGCUUUAUUUCACGAGGCAAACUCGGAAAGAUGGCUGAAACUUCCAAUGGGGUGAAAACUACACAUUCCAAAAGCAAAGCGCUCCAAAAGAAAUCUUGUUCGUUGCUCGUAGGGUUGCUCAUAAUGAUAUCUUACUUUUUUAAAAUAGAUUUUCUUCUUAAGUUAGAUUUUUAGGUUUUUCAUGGGAAUUGUGAGAGUAGCGAGGGGGAAAUUCUUUCUAACCAGAUCCAUUGUUUUUAAUAAGCCAGACAUAAAGCAUUCUUAACUAAGUAUGAAAAUUCCACGGUACUCAUUUAUAUUGACUCGAUUUGUAUGGGUUAUGAUUUAUCACGCUG